UCUCUCUCUCUCUCUCUCUCUCUCUCUCUCUCCUUCAUUCCUUGUUCAUCAACGUCCAAUGAUGGGGGAGCCGCAAUCGAAAACCAUUACAGGGCCUCCGGGGACAUCCCCGGCAAGGCCUUCGACACCACCAACGCCCGGCCGCCAGCAGAUAUCCCUUGUCCAACCAUCCCAAAAGAAGCAGCACAGAACCAAAGUACUGAGGCUCUUUCGCAACGUCUUCCGAUCCUUCCCCAUCAUAACACCAGCAUGCAAGAUGGGGAACCUCCCGCUGGGCAUACCGGACGGUCAUCGGAGCACCAGCGGUACCCGAGUCACCGGCACCUUGUUCGGGUACCGGAAAGGACGCGUAAGCCUCUCCAUGCAAGAAAAUCCUAGGUGUCUGCCGACAAUAGUGAUUGAGCUGGCCAUGCAGACAAAUGUGUUGCAGAAGGAGAUGAGCUCCGGGAUGGUUAGGAUCGCUCUUGAAUGCGAAAAGAGACUGGAGAAGGGCAAGACGAGGUUGUUGGAGGAGGUGUUGUGGACCAUGUAUUGCAAUGGGAAGAAGACUGGGUAUGGACUGAAGAGGGAGGCUACAGACGAGGAUUUGAAUGUGAUGGAGCUCCUCAGGCCGGUGUCAAUGGGUGCCGGUGUUCUCCCCGGGAAUUCUGAGGUUGAUGGGCUUGACAGCGAGUUGGCCUACAUACGGGCCCAUUUUGAGCGGGUCGUGGGCUCGAGGGAUUCCGAGACUCUGUACAUGUUGAGCCCCGAAGGGAACACCGGGCCAGAGCUCAGUAUUUUCUUCGUGAGGAUUUGAUCAAACGGUUACUAAG